AUGUCCUCACUGUUUAUUGCUUUGGGCUGCAUAUGCGCAUUUUAUGUCUACCAUGCUAUCAAUGUCACUCGGAAACGUCGAGAUGAUAUGCAAAUGCACGUGGCUCACGGGUGUCAAGCGCCUCCGAGGCUGUUGAACCAAAGGCCGCUGGGCCUGGAUCGCCUCGAGCAAAUAUUCCGGGCAGACAGCGAGUCUCGCUUGAUGGAGCUGUUUUUAUUUCAUUUCAGACUUUGGGGCACAACCCUCGAGCAAGUCUUUCUGGGCUCCCAGGCCUUCGGGACAAUAGAACCGGCCAAUCUGGAAGCUAUUCUCAGCACCCAGUUCGAAGAUUGGGGCAUGGGCCCAAGACGAAAGGUCAUGUUUCCCUUCUUCGGAGACGGCAUAUUCACCCAGGAAGGUGCCGACUGGAAACAUUCGCGGGAAAUGCUGAGGCCGCAGUUUGUGUACAAGCAGUACGAAGAUCUGGAAGUGUUUCGAGAACCGGUCGACAAUCUUUUGGAAGCGUUACCCGCCAACGGAGUCGUCGAUCUCCAACCCUUCUUCUUCCGGCUGACCCUGGAUGUGACCACCGCGUUCUUGUUCGGAGAGUCCGUACGCUCUUUAGAGAAGCUGGAGAGUGCUGGAGAAUCCGACUUUGCCAGUGCGUUCAACACCGCUCAAGACUUCAUUGCGAAAAGGAUGAGACUACAAGACCUCUAUUGGCUUGUAGGGGGAUCAAAAUUUCGGCGAGCUUGUCAUGAUGUUCAUCGCUUCGCUGACCAGAUCAUUGAUCGGAACUUGUCCAGAGACCUGGGCUGCGAUAAAGGACAGAAGAAGUAUGUGUUCCUGGACUUCCUUGCCAGAAACACACCAGAUCGCAAAGCAUUGCGAAGCCAAAUCAUAAACAUCUUGGUUGCAGGUAGAGACACGACCGCAUGCCUCAUCUCCUGGACAUUCUUCCUCCUUGUGCGGCACCCCAGGGUCAUGGACAAACUGAGAUCAGAAAUCGCAUCCACCCUCGACGGCCAAGCGGAGGCUACUCGAUCGGACCUCCGGAGAAUGAACUACCUGCAAAAUGUCCUAAAAGAGACUCUUAGACUUUACCCUUCUGUGCCGGUGAACUCCCGGACCGCUCUGAGGACCACUGUCCUCCCAGUUGGUGGGGGGCCAGAUCUCAGAUCACCUGUGCUUGUCCCUAAGGGGACCUCAGUCGCAUACAGCGUAUACUCCAUGCAUAGACGACCCGACUUCUAUGGAAUGGAUGCGGAACUAUUUCGACCCGAGCGAUGGGAGGAACAUAUGGCCCUUGAUGACGAUCCAACCAAUUCCAAAUGGGGGUAUCUUCCUUUCAACGGUGGGCCGCGAACAUGCCUGGGGAUGGAUUUUGGCCUCGCUGAGGCGGCAUAUGCUGUCGUGCGUCUGAUUCAAAGAUACCCAACGAUUCGAUUACCUCCUGGAGAGAAGGUGGAGUUAGUUGGCGUCGAGAAGCAGACGAUGACUCUGGUGGUCUCAAUAACCGAGGGCUGUAAGGUUGAGGUGAGCAGAUAA